AUGUCCACACUCGAAGAUCUCGACGACCUUGAGCGCCACGAGAAGGAAGAGAAGAAGGACGAUGACAAGAAAGACGGAGGCAAGGAUGGAAAGAAGGCUGAUGGCGAUGCAGAGAUGCAGGAUGCGGAACCAGAGGAGGAGCAGCUCGACGAAGAGAUCCUGAACUCAAGCACACGAGACAUCGUCGCGCGCAAGCGGUUACUGGAGAACGACAUGCGCAUCAUGAAGAGCGAGUUCCAACGGCUCACACACGAGAAGGCUUCUAUGAACGAGAAGAUCAAGGACAACCUAGAGAAGAUCGAGAACAACAGGCAACUACCAUACCUCGUCGGAAACGUUGUCGAGAUCCUUGAUCUUGACGUCACAGAAGAGGCGGCUGAGGAGGGAGCAAACAUUGACCUAGACGCCACCCGCGUUGGCAAGUCGGCGGUCAUCAAGACCUCAACUCGGCAAACCAUCUUCUUGCCUCUCAUCGGUCUAGUAGACCAUGAGAAGCUGAAGCCCGGUGAUCUCAUUGGUGUGAAUAAGGACUCAUAUCUCGUCCUCGAUACCCUACCCGCAGAGUACGACAGUCGGGUGAAGGCUAUGGAAGUCGACGAGAAGCCAACUGAGAAGUACACCGAUGUUGGAGGUCUUGACAAGCAGAUCGAAGAGCUCGUCGAGGCUGUAGUGUGGCCUAUGAAGGAGGCCGAGCGCUUCAAGAAGAUUGGCAUCAAGGCGCCGAAGGGUGCACUGAUGUACGGCCCCCCCGGAACCGGAAAGACCCUUCUCGCCCGAGCCUGCGCUGCCCAAACCGACGCCACAUUCCUCAAGCUCGCCGGCCCACAGCUCGUACAAAUGUUCAUUGGAGAUGGUGCGAAGUUGGUCCGCGACUGCUUCGCCCUGGCGAAAGAGAAGGCACCCUCAAUCAUCUUCAUCGACGAAUUGGAUGCCGUUGGUACCAAGCGUUUCGAUUCCGAGAAGUCCGGAGACAGGGAGGUGCAGCGAACUAUGUUAGAGCUGCUGAACCAGCUGGACGGUUUCGCCUCCGAUGACCGUGUCAAGGUUCUUGCCGCGACGAACCGAGUUGAUGUCUUGGACCCCGCUCUGCUUCGUUCUGGACGUCUGGACAGGAAGAUCGAGUUCCCGCUACCAAACGAGGAGGCCCGCGCACAGAUUAUGCGUAUCCACUCGCGGAAGAUGACUGUCGACGACGCUGUCAACUGGCAAGAGUUGGCUCGCAGCACUGACGAGUUUGGUGGUGCGCAGUUGAAGGCUGUUUGUGUCGAGGCUGGUAUGAUUGCUCUCCGGACCGGUCACCAGAAGAUCAGCCACGAGCACUACGUCGAUGCUAUCGCUGAGGUACAGGCAAAGAAGAAGGACACUGUCAACUUCUACGCCUAA